AUGACUGCAAAUCAGUUCGCCCCGAUCAAAUCCUGGAACAAUGGCCGUAAUCCAAUGUUCUGCCUCGGCUGCGAUGUCGGUGGUUCUGGUCUCCGCAUCCGCUUUUCAAAUUACUUCAACCCAAGUGAGUACAUCGACGUCAAGCACAUCAAAGCACAGAAUACAGCUGAUGCCUUAAGACAUCUUAACGAGCUUUCAGCUAAGAUCAAGAAAGUCGCACCAAACGCCGAAUCAAGAGGCGCUGCAAUUGCUGUUGCAGGUCCAAUUAAGGAUAACACUGUUAUCUUCACCAACUGGCCAGGUAAGGCUGAGAAUAGAACAGUCAGCUUAAACCAGCUUCCAAAGACACUCUUCCCACAAGGUCAUUCACUCUUCCUCAACGAUCUUGAGGCAGGUGCUUACGGUGUUAUUGCCGCUGAAGAGCAGGGUGUUCUUUCUCCACUCUUCGAGCAGAUGUGGCCGGAGAUUGCUCCAAAGGGCAAAUUAAUCUCCGACAACAGAACAGCAGUCCUUGCUAUGGGCUCUGGCCUUGGUGUUGCUCUUAUCGUUAAGACACCAAUCCUCCAGCAGCCACUUGUCGUCCCAUCUGAGCUUGGACACCUUCAGAUCCCAACUGUUUGCUUCCGCCAUAAGGACUACCUUAACGAGCAACAGCUCAUCCAAUUCGUCUCAGAUCACUACUACAACGGCCGCCAAAUGCCAGAAUACGAAGACAUUGCAUCUGGCAGAGGUCUUUGCUUAGCUUACCAAUACGAAUACGAUCGUAUUAACCAGGUCAAGAUCCCACUCGAUCAGAUCGAAGGUGGCGAAGUUGCACAAUUAGCUCAGAAGGGUGAUAAGAUCGCUAGAAAGGCCCUCUUAUACCACUACUUAUACUUCAUGAGAGCUGCUAAGGCUGUCUCUACAACAUUGUCUUGCGACUCUGUCCUUAUGGCUCUUGAUAACCAAGUUAAGAAUGAUUGGUUCGUUAGAUCCGCUUUCGAUGAACUCUGUGAAGAGUUCUAUCACUUCAUCCGCCCAGACUGGAUGAAGAGCAUCAGAGUCUACACACAAGUUAAGACUCUUAACUUUAACAUCCUCGGUACGGAUUACAUGGCUCAUAAGAUUGCUGAUAAGUAA